AUGAAAUCGACUUUAUAUAGCACAUUUUUAAUAAUAUUUUUAUUAUCAAAUUCCUACUCUUUCUUUUUCAAGACUAAAAAUACUCCAUUAAAAGUAUUUUCUGGUCCUAUUAAGGUGGCAAUUAUGGGCUCAACUGGUUCAGUUGGGACUCAAGCACUGGAGGUUAUCAGGAAUUUGAAUAAUUUAGAAGGCGGAUCAGAGCCAAAAUUCAAAGUCGUAGCACUAGCAGCAAAAAGCAACCAUAAAUUGUUAUCCCAACAAGUUAACGAGUUCAAGCCCCAAGUAUGCCAUAUUUUAAAAAACUAUGAAAAGUUGCCUAAUUUGUUGAAAAGGAAGUGUGAAAUUUUAAGCGAUAAAUCAGAUUUGCUGGAUUUAUGCAGAAAAUUGGAUUAUGACCUAAUUAUAAUGGCAAUUUCAGGGUGCGAUGGAAUAGAACCAACAAUGGCUGCGGCAGAAAGUGGUAAAAAAAUAGCACUUUCAAAUAAAGAAUCGGUAGUUUCUGCCGGAAGCCUCUUAAGCAAAGUAGUUAAGAAGUAUAAAACAACAGUGAUACCAGUGGAUUCAGAGCACAACGCAAUUUUUCAGUGUCUCGAUGACGGUCAAGUGGAUACCACAAGAAUAACUUAUGUGACUAGCAUAUCAUCGCAGGUCCUGGCUGGGGUCAAGAAUCUAAUUUUAACGACUAGUGGAGGACCAUUUCUGGGUAAAAAAUACCCAGAAUACAAGAAUCUGAAAACUUCAGAUAAUAUAUCGCAUCCUGUUUGGAAAAUGGGAUCUAAGAUAACUGUCGAUUCUUCUACAAUGAUGAACAAAGCACUUGAGGUUUUAGAAGCACACCAUCUUUUUGGAAUUCAUUUAGAUAAUAUUAAAAUCCUAGUUCACAAGGAGUGUCUUGUCCAUUCUCUAGUUGAGUUCGUUGAUAACUCAGUGUUAUGUCAAAUGUAUUUGCCUGACAUGAAACUUCCCAUAUCGCAUUCCCUAAAUUGGCCAAACAGGACCAAAAAUUCGCUUCUACCACUUGAUUUAAGGGGCAAAGCUCUCACGUUCAAGGAGGCUGACUUUGAAAACUUCCCAUUUUUAUGCCUUGGCUACGAAGUUGGGAGGAUGGGUGGCCUUUAUCCCGCAGUUUUCAAUGCAGCCAAUGACGUUGCAAAUGAUUUAUUCAGGUCCAACAUGAUAGAUUACGACCAACUGUACCACAUUGUUCGUGAAACUGUGGAGGAAUUCAAUAAUCCUGAUCUCAACGAUGACAGCUUACAGGACAUAAUGUACGCUGAUUCAUGGGCAAAGGAAACUGCAAAUAAAGUGUAUUCUAGGGUCGUCACUUGA